AGUCUGUCCUGUUAGUGUCAUGAAAUACCACAGACCUGCGUUUCUGUCAUGCUCGGUGUCAUUAAGGCCAAAGAAUUACUUUGACAGCAAAGAAGUGAAGUUAGGAAACAGGCUACAGCAUGGCUGGGAUUAAAGAUGCUUAUCAACUCAUAGACCCCGUAACACUAAGAUUAGGAGAAGAAAGCGUCACAUCUCAUCUUUACUGCAGUGCCGCCAAAGGCAUCGAAGCUCAAUUGUCCACUUUAGUGGAGGCCUUUUUGGUUGAGGUGUUCCGCUGCCGUGUGUGCCAAUUCACGAGCGGCCUGAAAGCUAGAAUCUGCAAUCAUAUCACAGAGAGUCACUCUUCAACAACAUCAUCGCCAUGCCAUCACCUCUCUUGCCUGGAGAAGGAGGAUAAUGAGAGCUUGACCGAGCUCGACCAGAACGCGUCUUCUUAUGAUCUCCAUUCCGGCUCGAAAAAUGCAGAGGACAACAUGGACAUGGACCGCAUGUUCCUGCUGCCGAUGUACGGCAUGCUGCAGAACAUCAGUUCACCACCAUGCGAUAUCAGCCUGAGUGCCAACUCCGACAGCAACCUUCACGUGGCCCAGACAUGCGAGGUGAGCACUCUGUUUGACGAAGACAGACACAGCGAGGAGCACAAUGUCUUUCAGCUCGAGGAUUCCAGCCAUGGACUCCAAGGUCCCCUUCCCGAUGAAAUCACCUGUGCUGAGGAUGAAGAAAUGGCACAGUCUGCUCAUUUAAUGACCCUUGGUUUGUGCAGAAUCUCUAGUGCCAAAUGUCCCUCUCAGCCUUCUGCCCUGUCUUUGCCCCAAGCUGGACAGGAAAUCUCAGAGACGUCCCUGGAAGACAAACAGCCCCUUCUGACAACAUCUGAAAUACAGAAGCAGACUGAAGAGGAAAUGGGCCUUUCUUGUGUUUUCUGUCAGGCAGUCUUAGCUAACAACAGCCUGCUAGAGGUGCACCUGAAGUGCCACGACGGCGAGCAGGGCUUCAAAUGCCCGCGCUGUGGUCGAGCUUCGGCAGACUGGGCUGAUAUGGAGUGCCACUGGAGAAGCCAUGCAAGAAGAAGGAGGUCCAAACACCACAAGUGUUCUUUUUGUCCCAGGACUUUCAGGAGAGCAGACUUGUGUGAAGCUCACCAGAAAAGGCACAACCGAGCUCGGACGAAGCCCGCUUCUCUGAUGCAGUGCUCCAUGUGCUUCGAGUGGUGCCGCCCGGGGCAGGAGUGGGAAAUGCAUCAGCGCUGCCACUUUCAGAGAGGGUUUAAGUGCCUGUACUGCGAUUUCACAGAAAAAGCCUGGAAGAAGAUGUACAAGCAUAUUCUCAAUCAACACACACAGGUCGAUGGACAUGCACACCAUAACAUGUCCUACAAUGUAUCAUCCCUGAAGAUUGAUGCUCAGUUGUCCAACAGUUACUCCACAUGUCUUGGAGAUGUGCAGGUGGAGUCAUGGAGACACGCCGCAACUAUGAGCGUAAAACAAGACGUUGUGGGAAAGAAGAAAAGGGCAGAGGACAAAAGGGACUGUGGGAAAGCCACCGAGCAGGACUCGGGUGUGGGAAUAAAGUCCCCUAAACAGAAAGACUUCUGCUGCAUGCUUUGUGAUAAGAAAUUUUCCACCAAGCUGACCAUGCGGCGUCACAUGGACAUUCAUCAGGGGGACAAGCCUUUUAAAUGCCCUCGCUGCCACUACAGCACCAGACUGAAAGCCUCUCUCAUCCAGCACAUGCGUGUCCACACAGGUGAAAAGCCUUACAAAUGCCUCCAGUGUUCGUACGCCUCCAUCGACAGGAGCUCUCUGAGACGACACUCACGGACACACACUCAGGAAAAGCCCUACCGCUGCCAGUAUUGUCCCUACAGCUGCAUCCAGAAGAAAAGUUUGGACCUUCACUCACGGCGACAUCACACUGGAGAGUCAUUCCCCUGCCCACAGUGCCAGUACUCAACCCCAGACCGGCAACUGUUGCUGCGACACACACGCAAAUACCACACGUCUGAGAACACUUCUAUGCGAAAGCAGAGGAGUGAACCAUCUUCCAAAAGAACUCGAACCUCCAAUUAACUGGUUACACUGCAAAGACUAAUCAGAGCAAUCCAUAAUGUCAAUUAGGACAAAUUGCCCUAAUUUACUUAACCAGUGAGGAAAAUGUAAGAGAGUACAUGUCUCUACAUCUUGGUGGAAUGCAAUACCAAGUCGAGCAGUAAUGCUGAUAAUCCUGUAGGACGUUUGUGCACCGAGCUGUUUUUACAUCCAGCACUGUUGAAGCCUUAUCAAAGAACGCACAAAGGAUGUAAUGCAACAAGCAAAAUGCAAGUAACCUAUUUAAGUCUGCAAACAUAAAUGGGUAGGCUUUUUGCUGACCUAGAGUGCAAAAAAAAGGUGAAUUUUUUCCCACCAAGCUUAUGUUGACAUGACUGAAAACAUGACGGCGAGAGCUGCACUCUUUCUUGUAGACACAACUUUGAAUAAAAGGAAUGAAAAUGCAAAUAAAACAGAGAUUCCGUUACUAAAAGUACAAGCAGUACUAGGAAACAAAAUCAGGGAAAAGUUCCUGCUGGGUGAGUGAAGUUUGAUUUUUACCUUUAGGCCAAGACAUAUGCUUACUAUUUGCUUACUAUUCAGAUACAUAAUAGACCAUGUUAAAUAGUCAAUUGCUUUCAGCUCUACAGAUUCCAAAUUAAAUAUUUAUAUUUUCAAGUAGACUUGUAUGUAUUCUUGAAUAAACUGUGUUUUAGUAACAUGGGAAGUUACGUUUGAAUUUAAUUUUUCUGCAGCUAUGUUUAUUUAAUGUUGGAAAUACCUUUAUUUAUUGCACAUUUAUAAUUUUUAAAUAAAAUACAAUGAAACAUCAGGAAUAAAAUGAUUUC